AUGGCAAAGAAGCGCCGCGGUACUGGUGACCAGCAGCUCGCCUCGGCGGAAGAGCACGCCGUCAAGUCCGAGUCGCUGUUCGAGGCGAAGCAGUAUGCCGAUGCUGCGCUCGAGGCGGAGAAGGCACUGCAGUGCCUGCCGCUCAUGGCACGCAGCUCGCUCACGCGCGGCCGUGCGCUACUGUACCCGGCUCUGUCCAAGAUGGUGCAGGAGGGCGGGCUGCCACCGGCCGGCUUGCUAGAGGAGGCGGGGCGCCACUUCACUCUCGCAGUGCGGCUGGACCCUGAGUGCGAGGAGGCCAAGGGUGAGGUCGACAGCCUGCAGAAGCUCCUCUCCGACCUCCCGCAGGACCCCGCUCCUGCCAGCGCAGCCGGCAAAGAGCCUUCCGGCGCCGCAGCCGCAGUCGACGUCAUCAUCGUUGGGGCAGGGGCAGCCGGGGUUGGCUGCGCUCUGAUGCUGACAAAGACUUUUGGGCUCGACGCCUCCCGCGUGCUGCUGAUCGAGCGCGGCGAGGGAGUCGGCGACACGUUCCGCCGCUGGCCCGCGGAGAUGCGGUUCAUCUCUCCCUCCUUCAACAACCAGGGCUGGACCAACUCGUUUGACCUCAACUCGGUGGCGCACGGCUCUUCGCCCGCAUACUCGCUGCACGCGCAACACCCAAGCGGCGGACAGUAUGCGGAUUACCUCGACGCCCUCGCCUCGUCGGCCAAGCUCAACGUGCGCACGCUGACCGAGGUGAUCUCUGUCAAAGCGGAGGGCGGCAAGGGCGGGCCUCCCCGCUUCCGCGUCGGCGUGCGCAGCCAGCCCGGCAGCAGCGAGCAUGCCGCGCGACGGCCCUCUCGCGUGAGCGGGCCGCGCCCGAGAUUCCCCGAAGAUCACCCGAGGUACGUCGUUUGGGCGGCGGGCGAGUUCCAGUACCCGCGCGAGGGCGGCGGCGCCAUCGCAGGCGCCGAACUCUGCCGGCACAACUCGCGGGGUCCUUUCUCUCUAGAGCAGACGCUCGGCUGCACCCUCCUGUCUCGCAGUCUCGCAGUCAUCGCUCUGGUCUCUAGGUUCGCGUCGCUGCCGGGGGACGAUUUUGUCGUCAUCGGAGGGUACGAGAGCGGGGCUGACGCGGCGGUCAACUUGGCCAAGGCCGGAAAGCAGGCCUGCGCUUCACUCACGAGUGAAUGCCGUAAGACUAGUGACUGA